AUGACUAUUGUUCAAAAUUGAGGGGGGUGUUUGAUUUUUAAAGCAAAGUUGGGGGUUAAAAUGAUUUUCACCCGAGAUAAAUAAUGUAUCUUUUACUUUUUUUGGAGAUUUUUAAAAUCAAAAGUAAGGAAAAAUUCAAAAAUUUGAGGAAAAAAAGAAGAAGAUAAAUGAUAACUUUUUUUUUUUUUUUGGUUAAUCUCUUAUUGCCCAACUUAAAUAUAGAUAUAGAUUCGACCAAAAUCCAAUUAUUAAAUGUUUUAACAAAAGAAUUCCACAAGAUAAGCUCCUUCCUUCUUGUGGUUUAUACUUACCGUUUGGAGCUCUCAUCAUUUUUCUAUAAAUUAAUAGAAGAAUUCAUCACAAAUUUAAAACACAACUCAUACAAAAACUCCAAUCUUCAAAGGUGCGUGCCUCAUUGACUCUUCUUUUUGUUCUUUCUAAAUAGUCAUUUUUUGGGUAUUUCUUAUAACUUUAGAUUUUGAUAGAGUCCAUUUUUUUUUAGUGUAUAGAGAUAGUAUACUUUCCUCAUUUAUUAAAAGUGAAUAACAUUUUCAGCAUGCAACGAAAUAUGAUUAUAUCUUUGUUUUAUUUUUGGUUUCUUAACAUUAGUUUGUCGUAUAUACGUGUAUUCAACAGCUGUCCAUAAUUAUUAUUUUUUAAUGAAUUCAGAGUAUGUUUUAUUCAUCAAAGAAAUAUUUUACACACUUUUUUUUGCCCUUUUAUCAGAGUAUGUUUAUUCAUCAAAGAGAUGUCUACAAACUAUUUUUUUUUCACCCUUUUAUCAGAGAAUGUUCAUUCACCAAAGAAAUGUUCUACAAACUUUGUUGAUGUCAUAUUUGCUUUUGAGUUAUGACGGAGUUCAAGGGGAAAUUAAGUUGUCCAAACUAGAGGAAUUAGCGUUGGACAAGCAACUAAAACUUUUAAACAAACCAGCAGUCAAAACAAUUAAGACUGAAUGGGGAGAUACAUACGAUUGUGUGGAUUUCUACAAACAACCUGCAUUUGAUCAUCCAUCGUUGAACAAUCACAAUUUUCAUCCUGAGAUGAAAUCCACUUUAUCAACGACACAACAAAUUCCAAGUGACUCGACUGUUGAUAUAUCUUCGAGGAUAUGGUCAGAGAAUGAAAGUUGUCCUUUUGGAACUGUUCCCAUCAAAAGAGUUACCAAAGAUGAUCUUAUUAGACAAAGACGUGUGCCACCGCUAGAAAAUUUAACAUUUGAAGCUCAAUUAGAGGAUACUAACAAUCUAGAGUCAGCAGGAAGAUACAUGGUACAUGAACAUCAUUUGAACACUUCUUCUUAG